AUGGCUGAAUCAGAGCAAUCUCAAACAACAAGCGCUCAGCUCGAGAACCCCACAAGGACAGACAAGCACCAAGAAUUGAACGAGUUGAUCACCCGCGCAGCCGCAAAAGAUGCGGCCAAAGACCACAAUGCCGCCUCGGAGCUCUACUCCCAAGCCACCGAGCUCCAAGCUGAAUUGAACGGUGAAAUGUCUCCCGAGAACGCCGACCUCCUCUACGCCUACGGAAAAUCUCUCUACAAUGUUGCUGUGAGCAAGAGUGAUGUGCUGGGAUCCAAGGUUGCCGGGGAGCAGCCUCAGUCGUCUGGUGGUGCUGCGACGGCCAAGUCAUCUUCUUCUGGGUCUGGGGCUGCUGCUACGGGUGGAAGCCUGGUCAAGGAUGCGAUUUCGAGCUCUAUGGCCGAGGGCCCCGCCUCUUCCUCGUCCAAGGGAAAGUUGGGCAGUGAAACGGAUAGUGCGCCCACGAAACCGUUCUUCCAAUUCACCGGCGACGAGAACUUUGUUGACUCUGACGAUGAAGACGCCGAAGAGGUGGAGGGUGAAGGGGACGAGGAAGAAGAGGAAGAUGACUUUGCCAACGCGUUCGAAGUGCUCGACCUGGCUCGAGUCCUCUACAUGAAGAGAUUGGAGGCCGCGGAGGAAAGCAGCACGGACAAAGGAAAAGGGAAGACCGCAGACACGCAACUCCCUGCAGAUCUCAAGCACAUCAAGGAACGCCUUGCAGAUACAUAUGACCUGCAGGCUGAGAUCUCACUGGAGGGAGAGAGGUUUUCCGAUGCGGUGGCCGACUUGCGCACGGCACUCGAUCUGCGCAACACACUGUUUCCCUUUGAGGAUCCGUCCGUGGCCGAGUGCCAUUACAAGCUCUCUCUGGCGCUAGAAUUCGCUUCACAGCAGCAGCAGCAGCAGCAGCAGCAGCAGCAGGGAGAAGGAGAAGAUGAGGAACAGGACGGGCAGGAAAAGACAGUGGACAAAGAGAUGCGCAAAGAAGCCGCCGAGCACAUGGAACGGGCCAUUGAGAGCUGCAAGGCACGGAUGGCCUCCGAGCAGCAAAAGCUCGACCGUGGAGACCUUGACGAGGACAAGAAGAUUGCGACCAAGAGGCGAAUCUCCAAUAGCAAGGAGAUCAUCGCCGAUAUGGAGCAACGGCUCAUCGAUCUUCGACGGGCGCCUGUCACCGUUCAGCAGAGGGAACAAGAGAACGAGGCCAUGCUCAAGGGUAUCCUCGGCCAGAUCGUCGGGCAGUCCGUGCCUGAUCAGCAAGCCCGUCUCGACGCCGUCAGUAAAGACGCGAACGAUCUGUCCUCGCUCGUUCGACGAAAGCCCGCUGCUGCACAGUCCUCGGGGUCAUCUUCGUCCAAGCGACCCGCCGAGGAUACAUCUGCAGAUAGCGAGUCGAAGCGCGCGCGAGUGGAGGAUGCGUGA